GCACCUGCAAAAGAUAAACCAAGCACCAAACUAUAAUCAGCACCUGCAUCUACCUGCACAUCUCAGUCACCUGGGUAGCAGGGUUGUUCCGCAUCCGUCCGUGAUGCAUCCACCACCAUUUCUACCUACCUAUUUGAUACAGCAGCCUACUCACGCGUUUGACCAGCAGUCUCUCCCUGUGUACCCAAAUUUGCAGUUUCCUCAACCGUCUUACCUUUCCCAGGUGAUUCCCCAGCAAUAUCCCAAUCACCCGCAAGUUGUCUACUCACUUCCACUAUCUUUGCAAUCAAUUAAUGAUCCCAUUAUUAUUCAGGGAAAAACAACCCUGCACACCCAGCCCCAACAGUGCAGAACUUAUCUCCCUCUUCCCAUGGAGUAAUUCAAACUGUGCAACCCUCCCAGUUAACUCCUCAGAUUAUUUACUUGUCUGAAGGAAGGUACCAGCCUUCCCACCCGUCGAAUGGAAUGACUUAUAUUCUUUACCCAUCACAAGGGUACUACCAUUUACCUCCCUCUAACCUCAUGGCUCCAUCUCUGGUGUGGGGUCAAAGGCUGGCGUAUGAUGCCUCACAGAUUCCCAUCGGUCCAAGAAAAAAUGGCAAUGACAUCAACCAAUAUUUCAAUCUGUCUGAACCUGAAAUCAGCAAGACUCAGGCUGUUGUUAAUGAGAGCGCAGUCCUGGAUUCUUUGCCGUCUGCAUCUUCUGAUCAGGGUUUGAACUUUCCAGUCACUCUUCAGGAGACGAAAUCACAACAAAGCCUACCUGCCUCUGUGGAGCGCAAAAGCCAAACGCCUACUACUGCUUCCAACGCCAUUUCUGUUGCAAGUCUGAGGUUCAACGCCAGUGAUUCACCAAAGCAUACAGUAGGUGUGUCGUCCACGGGAUCGACGCUACUGUCGCUUGUAAGAUCCAACCAAUCAACAUCAGGUGGUACCACGCAGCCUACAGUAGAGGCGUCGUCCGGACGGUUCCGCCAAUCGUCUCACUUAGGAUCCAGCCAAUCAUUCAUAGGAUCCAACCAAUCAUCAUCAUCCACGGGAUACAACCAAUCAUCCAUAGGAUCCAGCCAAUCAUCAUCAGGCGGUACCACUAUGGCGUCGUCCGCAUGGCCCCGCCAAUCGUCUCAUUUAGGAUCCAACCUAUUAUCGCUUUUAGGAUCCAGGCAAUCGUUUUCCGGCGUCUUUCUGGAUCCGCCAAGCCACAGAGCCGCUCACCUACUGGCGCGCGAGAUGGGGCUGGUUCAGUAUUACGAGGCGCAUGGCUGUGUCGACCCAAAUCUCCACCUACCCGCAGGAGCUAACGGGAUGGGUCUGGCGCUCUCUUGUUCGGCGCCGCAGUCGCAGUUGCUGUGUCAGGCCGUGGGUCACAACUCUGAACGAAUAAUGACCAACAUGGGGGCUCCGCCAUCCGUCAACAGCCUUUUCGAGUUCUGCCUGUCGCAAAGCACCAUCCGCCGGCUUCUCACGGGUGUCAUGCAGACAGACAGGGUCGCCACGGACCCCGCGCUGACGAUGAUGAUGACGUCAAAAGUACUAGGGGAAGGAGACCCUGCGUUGACGGCUAUGGUCAUGAUGCGCGCGCUUGCAGGUAGUGGCACGGCCAUUUCCGGUGCGGGCGGAAACAAAACCCUAACAGGUGGCGCCACUUCCGUGCCACGUUCGGAGUCCUCACCAGUUGGUCAUGUAGAUCAAGGUGCACAACAAACGGGAGAUUUGAUCAGUCGGUGUAAAGACGUCGUGCUGAUGCUGAUGAUGAGGCCAGAAGUCACGCUACUGGACGCCAUCGAGGACAUCAGGCGGCAGCUGAUGCCGUAUCAGUGCCAGGAGAUGACGGCCGGGAGAGGCGUGACCUUCAGGAUGUGUUGUCCCGGACACGUUCACUCACCCACGUACGAAGACCUCGCUGUGACGUCAAUGGCUUAGACCAGAUUCAUUGAUGACCACUGGCCUCGCGUUAGGAUUGAUUUGUUUCUCCGUUCUUCGUUUUUUGUUUUUUUGGUUUUUUUUAAAUUUUUGUUUGUUUUUUUUUUUGGUUUGUUUUUUUGUAUUUACUUCUUGUUAUUCUUCGGUUUGCUUUUGUUUGUUUGCCUUUCUUUCCUUCAUGUUAUUGAGACAGUCGGUGCCAUAUAGCAGACAUGUUAGGCAUACAUAAUAAUUUUCCCAAAUUGUAAUUCUGUCUCGAGUUGAAACGGUAAAUUGUUUUAUAUUGUAGCCUCAAAGUGUCCCAAUGUUGCAAUGCAAACAUUGACCAAGUCUUCCGAUGUUGAAAUUUUAAAUGCCACACUGUUGCAGUGUUGCAAAGUCCCGGUGUCGCGAUGCUGUGUCAUCACUAUGCAAUAAAUACUUCCAUCGCAUUUUACAGGUGGAGGAUGCAAUAUUUUA